AUGCAGUUUAGUUGGUUUCAUAAAAUCACACGCUGUUUGUCGUCGUCGGAAGACGGUCAUCAAGAUGAUCACAUAAACAUCAAUCAUCAAAUUCAAAUAACCAAUGCAUCCACUCAUUGCGCACAUACCUCUAACAAAGACCACUCCGAUGCAAGUACCAACAAUGAUAUUGUAGAAAUUGCUCAAGAACCAACAUCCCAUCCACAGCAAACACCAACCGUUCGAAAAAAUAUAACUUUUCACGAUGCAUUCAAUCAAUUUGGCUACGUUCAUUAUUCCCAAGUUUUGGAGAAAAUAGACAAUGAAAAGGAGAGCUCUUAUGUGUUUAAAGUUUGUGACUCUAAGAAAUACGGAAAGGAUAUUGCAUUGAGAUUAGUAUAUUUAGGCAAUGAUAACUCUGUUGGAGAAGCUCUAAAAGAAGCAACGGUUUUUGUUUCUCUGUCGAAGAAAGCGCCACAUGUUGUUCAAGUUCAUGACGCAUACGCUGUUGAUAACAUGAACGUAGUAUGCAUGGAAAUGGAAUUAAUGCAAGGGAAUGCAACUGAGGUAUUGAUUGAAAAAAAAGUUUCUCUAACCGAGCGAAUGAUAAUUCAGGUUGCAAUGCAGAUUUGUGAAGCAGUGAAAUACCUGGAGGAGAAGAAAACUAUUGCACGGAAUAGAAUACUUCAUACCAAUGAUAUUAUGAUCAAGGAAUUGAACCUUGCUAAUGAAAGUAUACAUAUCGCGCUUUCAAUUUACUCCAUGUUACACCGUUGUCACCGAAACAGUUUAUUCAUGCCUCCUGAGUUAUUAGAUACAAAAAAUUCUACUGAACCGAAAGACUCGAGCUCCAUCGUUUUUUCGCUCGGCGUAGUGCUGUAUCAACUCAUGACGUUUAACACAAGCACAUCAAUACCAACUUUAUGUACAGAAGAGGUGGACAUGUAUGAAUUUUUGAGCAAGAAAAUGCACGGAUUAAAUUUCUCAAAGCAAUUUAUUGAGCUCGUUUCGACAAUGGUACGAUUGAGACCUGAACAAAGAAUCUCUAUCGCCAAAUUGGAAAAAGAAUUGAAGUUUUUACAACACCAAAGUGAAACCAUUGGUGCAUACAACAAACAUCUUCUCGCAGAACAUCUAAUGUUGAAUGAACGAUACAAGGUUACAACAUUAUUGAGAUAUUAUGAAUUCAAGUGCUCAGCCAUCGAUAUAGAGUCUAAUGACGAAGUGGUGCUUUGUUUUUCCAAGCUAUUGGAUCCAUUUUGUCACUACGAGCUUCAAACCACUCUUCUCUCCAUUAACCAUGAAAAUAUUAUUUCAAUCAAAGAUACGUUUGUUUGGAUGGACGGUCAAGUACUGGUCACUGUGACUUCAAUGUAUCAACAAGAUCUCUUUUCAACAUUAAUACGAAAGAAAAUUCAAGUACCUGAGAGGUUGGCCAUUUCUAUUCUACAUCAAAUAGUUUCUGCACUCACUUUCAUGCUCAAAUUUCACAAUAUCUUGUAUGAAAACAUCUCACCACAUCAAGUAGUGGUACUGUAUUGGGAUGAAGCAACAAAAAGCUCAAUUAAGGUUGCCUUGCAGCCAUACACAUUGAUAACAAAACCGUUCUUGAAACACCAGCGUAAAAUGGUCAUGUCAUUAGGGCAUAUCAUGUACCAAUUACUUGGCCAAAAUUUUCCAACAGGAGCAUAUUGGCAUGAAGAACAUACAGAUUUAAUAGAAAGGCUCUAUUGUGGAGAACACUUUGCAAAGGUAAUAUUAUCCAUGCUGAAACCUAACACUAAUGAAAGAAUCUCUUUAGAAGAUUUGCAUGUUGGUCUGGAAAUAAUGAACGAUUUUAUGGAAAGCACAUCAGCAAUCCAGGAAACAACGACUAGCAACAAGGAACAAGAUGUCAUGGAACCCGUAUCAACCAUCUCAAUUAAUCUUCAGCAAAAUGAGGAGAAUGUUAGUACAGGCACCAAGGGCACGGCUCCAACCAAAACAUCAGCUAUUGUCCAAAACGAAAACGAUGAUGACGUGAUUCUAAACUUUAUGAAAGAGAGUUAUGAAUGUAUUUGCAAUUUCCAUCCACAUUAUAGGAACGUGUAUCGUGCUGUGAACAAAACUACCAAACAUGAAAGCCUCUUAAAGCUUUUCAAAAUAGAUUGCGCUCAAGACAUGGAUAACUUACUGAACAUGGCAUCUAUUUCAAAAAUAUCACAUCCAAAUAUCAUACACGUUGAAAAGAUAUUUGCUCCAGGGGUUACAUCUUCCGUGUGCAUUGAAAUGGAGUUAUUACCAGGAAGUUUGCAUUCGGAAUUUAUUGAAAAACAAGUUGCCUUAACAGACACCAUGAUCAGACAAACUAUUGCUCAAUGUUGCGAAGCUUUGAUAUUUCUAAAGAAGACCUAUAAUCUCUCUCAUGGAAAUUUGAAACCUCAAAAUAUUUUAAUAAGACGUUGUGACGUAAAUGCUUCAAGUAUCCAGGUUGUUUUGACAGAUAUUGGAUUAAGACAGGCAGAAGUCAACCACCGAUAUCAAGCCCCUGAAAUUACCAAAACAUCUCCAUCAUCACUUGAAGCUGACAUGUUUUCGUUAGGUGCUAGUCUUGCUUUAACCCUUCUCCCCAACGCUGUAUGGUCGGACCUAUCUCAAGAAAUGGAUCUCACAGAUUUCAUGGUCAAGAAUAGCUCAACUCGAUUCUGUAGAAGUACCAUCGAACUCAUUACCUCCAUGUUAAAAUUGGAUCCUUCACAACGCAUUAGCCCAUUUCAGCUUUUGGAACGACUAGGUCCAAACACCCAAGAUGGCACAAUGAAAAAAAUCUUUCAUCACUCCAAACAACAUGAGAUUCCUGUUGUUGUUCGCAUUUAUUGUGAUGGAGAUGAAAGAUCAAUUGAAAUUUCUUCGGAUACAUCAUUCCACGAUCUCGCUAACCAAUUUUUCAUAGCGUUUAACAUUACCAAUUUGAAAUUCUCGGAUUUUAGAAUUCAGUAUCAUGAUCACACCGUUGAAGAAGAUGUUUCAAUUUUAUCGGAUGAAGGAGUACGAUUGUUUUUGGAGCAAUUUUCAGAGAAAGGAGUCAAAUUCCUCCAGGUCCAAGUAUUGAAGAACACUACAAUGCAACAGUUAAUUGAAGUGUACGUUUUGCUAAACAAAGAACAAAAAUUGGUGAACGUAUCUUCGGAAAUAUCAUACGUGCAACUUGUGGACAAAACCUUCAUUGCAUUCGAUAUAGUGAAGUUGCACCAUUCCAGUUUCAGACUCCAAUAUUUUGAUACAACAGUUCAGGAAGAUGUGUCUAUCUUAUCUGAUGAAGGAGUGCAAUUGUUUUUAGCUCACUGUUUGCAAGGAAACGAAAAUGCAUCGCUGAAAAUUAGUUUGUUAAACAAUUCUCAUACAACCAAUGAAUUGGCGUUGAUGGCUGUGUGCGUUUCAUGCAACGGAGAAACGAAAACACUGUUCAUAUCUUCCGAUAUAACCUAUGAAACGUUAUUGAAUGAGUUAUUCCAAAAAUUUAGUAAUUACAUGCUCACGUUAAGUCCAUCAAGCUGUAAAGUCCAAUACUAUGAUCAAACUUUGGAAGAAGAGGUGUCCAUCACGUCAACUGAGGGUGUGAAAUUUUUCUUCGAGCAGUAUUUCGACAAUUCUGUUGAAGACAAGUAUAAAUCUCUCCGUGUUGACAUUCUACCCGCAACAAUUCAUCCAUAUGAAAAUAGUAAGCAAGGCCUAAUUGAUAAUGAGGUAAAGCAUGUGAUCACUAAAGAGCAAGAAGAGCCACAUCAAAAUGAUUCGAGACUCGCACCCAAUUCAUUUCUGGUUGAGAACAAAGAGUGUGUUGAAAAUGAUUCAAGAAUUGCCAACACAUCAUUCCAUGUUCCAAAUAGCAAUUUUCAAGCAAUGAACGAAGCAUCAAUGUCAAAUAAUGAUAUUUCAGAAACAGCACAAGAAGAGAAGAAAUUUGAACAAGUAUUGAAUGAAAACUAUGGUUCAUUGCAAUUUAUUGCAACAGGUGGAUUUGGACAAGUUUAUAAAGGAAUUAACAAAAAGAAUGGAAGACAAGUUGCAGUGAAAGUGAUGAAAACGAGUGAUUGGGAAGAUGCGAACAAAGUGAUCAAAGAAUUUCAAAGAAUGGCUCAAUUAGAACAUGAGAAUAUUGUCAAGACAUUCAAAUCAUAUUUUGCAGGAGGAAUGAAAUCAAUUGUGAUUGAAAUGGAAUUGAUGAUUGGAAGUUUAUAUGAAUUAAUCAUUUCAAAGAAAGUUGUAUUGAAUGAAAAGAUGGUUUUGAAAAUAUUGAAAGAGAGUUGUCAAGCAUUGGAGUGGAUUCAAUCUCGUCACAAUAUUGUUCAUCGAGAUAUUAAACCACAUAAUAUUUUGAUAAGAAGAUUGGAUUUACAAAAAGAAGAGAUUGAAAUUGGACUUUGUGAUUUUGGAAUGGCGAGAAGUAUUGAAUCUGUGAAUAAUACAACACUUGGAGGAACAAAUCUUUAUUUCUCUCCUGAAGUUAUGGAUGAAUGGAAUGGAGGAUCCAAUCAUGAAGAAGUAUUUUCAUUUUCAAGUGAUGUAUUUGCAUUGGGAGUGAGCAUUUAUCAAUUAAUGACAUUUGAUAUGAGUACUACAUGGUCCACUCUUUCAACACAAUCAACUUAUGAAAAUAUUCAGAAAACCAUUCAUUCAAAUUUAAAAUCAAACUCAUUUACAGAUUUUAUUGUGGAAUUACUCAUUGAAAUGUUGAAAUCAAAACCAACAGAUCGAAUCACAACCUCUCAAAUAUUGAAUAGAAUAGCUCUCUAUCAACAAUAUCAAACAGAACAAAUAGAAGACACUUGUGCUGUUUCUAGCCGUAAACCCCUUCCGAAUAAUAAUCAACAAACAUCAGUACUCGAUCCGAAAAAAUCUCUUUCGAAUCGCAAAGAUGAAAUCAGUUCGUCGACAAAACAACAAGAAACAACACCUUCGUCAACACCAAAAGAAGCAACGUCAAGAGAAAAUGCGUUCUCUCAAUGGAUGCUUGGCACAAUGCAUCGUACAGGGAACGGUAUGAAACAAGAUAAAGCUGCUGCUCAUACAUGGUUAGAAAGAGCAGCCAAUAAUGGAUUUCUUGAAGCUCAGUAUGAUUUGGCCCAAAUGAUAGAAAACAAUGAAGUACAUGUAGAAGGUAACGCACGUGAAAAAAUAUUUAAAUGGUACGACAAAGCAGCAACGGCUGGUCAUGCCAAAGCUCAAUGUGCUCUUGGAAAGAGAUAUUACUUAGGAUGGGAUGGUGUACAAGACCACGUUAAGGCUCGUGAAUUGUUUCUCUUGUCAGCUCAACAAGGGUAUGCCGAAGCAAAUUACCAACUUGGUAUGAUGUAUAUAUUUAACGCAGACUGGAAAGGUGCAAUUCCAUGGUUGGAAAAAGCUGCAGAACAAUCGCAUCUAGAGGCCAUGGAUUAUCUUGGACGUGCCUAUUAUAAUAUACUUGAUUUUGACAAAGCACUCAUGUGGUACAAGAAAAGUGCAGAUAAUGGAUGUGUAAAUUCGCAAUACCAUGUUGGAGCACUUUAUCUAUAUCUACGCCAACCUUCAAAAGGAUUAGAAUAUUUAGAAAUGGCAGCAGAAAAUGGGCACAUGGAAGCAAAAACCAAUAUUGCAAUCUAUUUCAAAAAUGCACAUGAAUAUGGCAAAGCCAUAAAGUGGUACGAGAGGGUAGCCAAUGAAGGUAGUUCAUUAUUCCAACUCGAAUUAGGGUCAAUAUAUGAAAAUGGUAGCUGUGGACAACUUAGCGACGAGUCAAAGGCAUUGGAUUGGUAUAUGAAAUGUAGCUCCAAUAAUGAUCAAUAUGGUAAAUUGGCAUGCUAUAGAAUUGGAGAAAUAUAUAGAUGUGGUAAAGGUAGUGUGAACAAAAACAUAGCCAAAGCAAUUGAAUUCUAUGAAAAGGCUUCUUCAACAUUCGAAGGAUUACUUCGACUUGGAUUGAUCUAUCAACUGGGGGAAGAAGUUCAACAAGACGUUAACAAAGCUUUGAAUUAUUUUGAAAGAGCAGCUAAAGCUGGAAGUAAUGUUGCACAGUAUCAUUUAGGGAAAAUUUACCUUGAAGGAAAGAUUGUUACAAAAAAUAUUUCAAAGGCCCUAAAUUGGUUGCAUAUGGCAGCCAAUGACCAAACGGUAAACUUUGGUACUCCACCAAGUAACCAUCACGCACAAUUUAUGUUAGGCCUAAUUUAUGAAACAGGAAUAUUUGUUACUAGAGAUUUAGACAUAGCUACCGCUUGGUACGAGAAAGCCAUGAAGGGCGGGAAUAGAGUAGCUCGGUUUCAUUUACAUCUCCUCUAUUCUUACAAUCAACAAUACAAAAACGCAGAGAAUAUUGAAAACAAUUAUGGUGGAUAUGGCGAUCUUAAUAAUCUCAGUCCUAGCGAAAGCGAUAUUUUUCAUUGCUUAAAAGACCAAUCCACAGAAAAGACAUACUUUACGUAUUCAAAAUCAAUGGAAUGGUAUGAACAAUUAUCUCAAAACGGAGAUGGUUUUGCACAAAAUAAUCUCGGUUAUAUUUAUUGGAAAAUUGAAAAUAAUAUGCAAAAAGCGUUGGAAUAUUUUGACAAGUCUGCCAACAAUGGAAAUGGUGAUGCUCAAUUACAAAUUGGCUGUUUCUAUAACAUUGGUUUGGGAGUUGAGGUUGAUUACGACAAAGCAGCCGAAUAUUUUGAAAAAUCCGCCAACCAAGGAAAUGAAUAUGCAUUGUUUCUACUUGCAUGUCUUUACAAGAACAACGAUAGAGAAAAAGCGGCAGAGUAUUGCGAAAGGUCAGCAAAAAAAGGAUGCAAGAAUGCCAUUUCCAUGCUAGCAACUUUGAAAGCUGCUCAACAAUAA